CCAUGUCCCGCUCCCUCCUCAGUCUUUUGGCCUCAUGUGCAUCCAGUUGGCGUGUUACCACGGAGUGAAGGUUUUUACAACGUCACACACAGCAGAAGAAAACACCUUCCUGGAGCAGCUUCGACCCAGCGUGGGUGUUCAGGACCCGUUAGUAGCAAAGGUGAUCCCAGUUUAUAAAGACAAAUCAGAGCUGCUCUCCGUGGUUAUGGAGGAGACGGGAGGACUGGGAGUGGACAUCGUCAUCGACUCUGGAGGUAAACACAUGAUCAGCACCUGGAAGAUUUUUAACAUCCUCCUGGAUCCAUGAUCUUUAAAAAACAAAAUGGUUUGAUUGUCUU